AUGGGACAAAAAAUAAAUCCACUUGGUUUCAGACUUGGCGCAACCCAAGGUCAUCAUUCUCGUUGGUUUGCACAACCAAAAAAUUAUUCGGAGGAUCUACAAGAAGAUCAAAAAAUACGAAACUGUAUCAAGAAUUAUGUACAAAAAAAUAUGAAAAUAUCUUCUAGUGUCGAGGGAAUUUCAUGUAUAGAAAUUCAAAAACGAAUCGAUUUGAUUCAAGUCAUAAUCUAUAUGGGAUUCCCAAAGUUAUUAAUAGAACCUAGAAGAAUCGAAGAAUUACAGAUGACUGUACAAAAAGAACUUAAUUGUGUGAACCGAAAACUCAACAUUGCUAUUACAAGAAUUGAAAACCCUUAUGGAAACCCUAAUAUUCUUGCGGAAUUUAUAGCCGGACAAUUAAAAAAUAGAGUUUCAUUUCGCAAAGCAAUAAAAAAAGCUAUUGAAUUAACUGAGCAGGCGGGUACAAAAGGAAUUCAAGUACAAAUUGCAGGGCGUAUCGACGGAAAAGAAAUUGCACGUGUCGAAUGGAUCAGAGAAGGAAGGGUUCCUCUACAAACCAUUCGAGCUAAAAUUGAUUACUGUUCCUAUACAGUUCGAACUAUUUAUGGGGUAUUAGGCAUCAAAAUUUGGAUAUUUAUAGAAGAGGAAUAA